AUGGUUAAUGAUGCAUUCGGGAAUUUUGUAAACACUCAAAAUGUGGACAAUCAUGAGAAUAUGCGACCUGAAUCAAGCCACACGAUGCCUGAUGAAAUUGCUCAGUAUAUGAAGUUUAUGCAUGAGGGACAACAGAGUUUGUAUGAAGGAUGUGACAAAUAUUCUAAACUUUCUUUCUUGCUCAAAUUGUACCAUAUCAAAUGUCUAUGCAGAAUGACUAACAAGGCAAUGUCAAUGAUACUGGAGUUGUUAGCAGAUGCUUUUGAUUAUGCUAAAAUCCCAUCUUCAUUCUAUGAAGCUAAGAAAAUCAUUAAUAAGCUUGGCCUUCAUUACACCAAAAUUGAUGCUUGCCCAAAUGAUUACAUGUUAUACUAUAGAGAAGAUAAAGAUAGGGAAUUUUGUACGAAAUGUAAUGAAUCUAGAUGGAAGAAAACAAAUAAGAGCAAUAGUAUUGUUGGUGUUACUAAAAGACAAAAGAAAGUUCCAGCUAAAGUUUUAAGGUAUUUUCCAUUGAAGCCACGCUUACAACGAAUGUUUAUGUCUUCUAAAAUAGCUGAGCAUAUGCAAUGGCAUGCAUCAAGAAGUACACAUGAAGGCAUAUUAAGGCAUCCAAGUGAUUCUGAAGCAUGGAAGAACUUUGAUCUAAUGAAUCCUCAAUUUGCUUCAGACCCUCGAAAUUUCAGACUUGGUUUGGCUACUGAUGGGUUCAAUCCAUUUGGUGAUUUGAGUACAUGUCAUAGUACUUGGCCUAUUGUACUUAUACCUUACAAUCUUCCUCCUUGGAUGUGUAUGAAGCAAAGUUCAUUCAUUCUUUCCAUGAUCAUUCCUGGUAAAAGAGCACCAAGAAAUGAUAUUGAUGUAUAUUUAAGGCCAUUAAUAGAAGAAUUAGAAGAGCUAUGGAACACUGGUGUUGAAACUUUUGAUUCACAUAAGAAAGAAGUGUUUCAUAUGCAUGCAGCUAUAUUAUGGACUAUUAGUGAUUUUCCUAGUCUUGGAACCUUAUCUGGGUGGAACACACACACUAGGUUGGCUUGCCCUAGGUGUAAUUUUGACACAACUCCUAAGAAGAUUCAAGGUAAAUUUUGUUUCAUGAAUCAUCGACGUUGGUUAAAUGCAGGGCACAAAUUUAGAUUAUGCCGCAAUCGUUUUGAUGGAAGUGUGGAAACUAGAAAUCCUCAUUUGAGAAUAUCAGGAAUAAAUGUCUUACAACAAGUUCAGAAUCUUAAUAUUGUAUUUGGGAAAGAACCAGAAGUUGAGGAACGGGGGAAAAUACAAUGGAAAGGUCACCACCCUAUUGAUGGCCCUCUACAAUGGAGAAAAAGAAGUAUAUUUUUUGAACUUCCUUAUUGGGUGAACAAUUUAUUGCACCUCCAUCUAGAUGUUAUGCACAUUGAAAAAAAUGUAUGUGAUAAUGUGGUCUAUACAUUAUUGAACAAAGGUAAAAAGUCAAAGGACAACCUAAAGGCACGAAAUGACUUAAAAGAUUGGGGUGUUAGACCUGACCUUUGGCCUGAUGCAAAUAACAGAUAUCUUCCGGCUAUAUAUACAUUGACAAAAGAAAAUAAACAUAUAUUUCUGAAAACAUUGAAGAACAUCACUGUUCCAGAUGGCUACUCAAGUAACAUUAGUAGAUGUGUUGAUGUCAAACAAUUUAAGCUUGGAGGAUUGAAAGUCAUAAUUCUCAUGUUUUGA